AUCCUCGUUUGGGAGAAUAUAUAGUCUCUGAUGCUUCAAUCAUCGGAAGCCCCGCAUCACCUGCAAUUGCAGUCCCUCAAAAGACCCAAAACCCCAGACUCCGCAGACCGAAAGAAAGCAACUCUCUAUUUGAUCCACGUUUACAUCUCUACCCACCCCAAGGCGUGGCUCAUCUUCAGCAUUUUGAUACUGCAGCUCCUUCUACUCUUCAUGGUUCAUUCCCUCCCCGCGUCUGUCUCUCUCCGUCAUUUCUCCCUUCCCAGAAACCCUGUCAUCAACAAUAGUUCCUCCGGAGAUCCAUGCAGCUCCGGGAAGGUCUACGUUUACGAUCUCCCUCCCAUGUUCAACAGCGAACUCUCCAGUAGCUGUCAGGACUUGAACCCUUGGAACUCCCGCUGUGACGUGCUCUCCAACGGGGGAUUUGGCCGGAGAGCGAUUGGGCUUGACGGAAUUGUUCCAAAAAGUCUGAUUCCUGCGUGGUACUGGACUGACCAGUUCGCGUCGGAAAUCAUCUUCCACAAUCGCAUUUUGGGGCACCGGUGUCGGACUCUUGACCCGAGCUCGGCCUCUGCGUUCUACCUUCCUUUCUACGCUGGACUCGCCGUCGGUAAGUAUCUCUGGUCCCAUUCCACCACUCACGACCGUGACUUCCAUUGCGAGAUGCUGCUCAAUUGGGUCCGUGACCAACCAUUCUGGAACCGAUCCAACGGUUGGGAUCAUUUCAUGAUGAUGGGCCGUAUCACUUGGGAUUUCCGUCGCUCUAACGACGGCGAUUGGGGUUCCAGCUGCAUCUACCUGCCGGCUAUGAGGAACAUCACGCGUCUCCUCAUCGAGCGGAACCCUUGGGAUUACUUCGACGUUGGUGUGCCCUACCCAACCGGGUUCCACCCCAGAACCGAGUCGGACGUACGACAUUGGCAGGAUUUCGUGAGGUCACGCAACCGCACAACCCUCUUCUGCUUUGCUGGAGCAGCGCGUCUGGCUUUCAAGAACGACUUCCGGGGGAUCCUUUUACAACAAUGUCGUGACGAGUCGGACUCGUGUCGCGCCCUGGACUGUGCCGGGUCGCGUUGCUCGAACGGUUCCUCGGCGAUCCUGGAGAUGUUCUUGAACUCGGAUUUCUGCUUGCAACCGAGGGGUGAUAGCUUCACGAGACGAUCCAUAUUCGAUUGUAUGGUUGCCGGUUCGAUCCCAGUCUUCUUCUGGAAGAGAACGGCUUACUACCAGUAUGAGUGGUUCUUGCCUGGUGAACCUAUGAGUUACUCUGUGUUUAUGGACCGUAACGAGGUGAAGAAUGGAACCUCCAUUAAAAGGGUUCUUGAGAGGUUUAGCAGAGAAGAAGUGAGGAGAAUGAGAGAGACUAUAAUCGAUUACAUACCAAAAUUUGUGUAUGCUGAACCGAAGGAGGGGUUGGGGGGUAUUAAAGAUGCGUUUGAUGUUGCCAUUGAUGGAGUCUUGAGACGAUUUAGGGAGCAAUGGAGGUAUAAGUGGUAAGAAUUAAUAAUGGAAGGGAAUGGUUCCGCAGAGAAUGGGGAAGUCUGGAAGAUUUCCAUCAGACAAAUAGA